UUAACGAUAGCUGAUGGAGGAUUGUUACAGUCUGUGAAGAUGACCGGGGGCGGAAAACCCACGAUGGAGCGGCAACGACAUCCAGCAGCGUAGUUUGAACCGAGGACCGAGUUGCGUUAAAACCUCACCAUCUUAUACAAAGUAACUGAGCACGGAGAGGAACAGCACGAUAUGCAGUCAUGAAGCGUGUUCGCACUGAGCAGAUCCAGUAUACCGUGGCUCAGUACCUGAAGCGGAGGCAGUAUGUGGACACUGAUGGCUCCCUGAAAGGAGCCAAGCUCUUCCAGUCAGCAGAGGAGAUGGCGGCCAGCCUCACAGUGCAGACUGAGUCGGGGUGUGCCAACAUUGUCUCUGCUGCGCCCUGUCAAUCAGACCCACAGCAGUACGAGACUCAGUACUCCAGGCUGCGCUCCUUUCUGUCAGAAACAGAAAUAUCCUGGGCGAAGGAGGUGAGCAGCAUCCUCUACCCACUCUUCGUCUACCUCCACCUAGACAUGGUGCACUGUGGCCUGAAGGGGGCAGUAGAUGGUUUUUACAGUCGUUUCCACAGUGCUUUUCUUCAGGACAGCGAGCAGCGCGCCAUCAUAGAGCAGCUCCGCCAUGUUCUCACCACUCAGGACGUUGCAGCCAACCCCAAGCUGAGUGCUUUCCUGGAGCACAAGUACGUGGUGCACCUGACCGAGCCGGCCUACAGCUACCUGCUGCGCUACCUGCAGAGUGAGGACAACAGCGCCCUCUGCAGGGCCUUUAGUAAACACCUGCAGGUGGAGGUCACUGCCUCGAGACGCACAGACUACCAGCUAUAUGGAGCUGCUGGCGGAGCGACCACAGCCCCAAACUCCACCUCCUCCUGGGCAGGAGUGGAUGGGGCAGAGGGUGGGGAGGGGGUGGAGGUCCCUGCAGGGAUUCCACAAAGUGAGGCGGCCCUGGAUGCUCUGCAGGACUGCAUCAAGAAAGUCCGCGAGGGCCCCCCUACGCUCACCACCGUGUGUUUCUACGCCUUCCACCACACGGAGCAGAUGUUAAACACCGCAGAGGUCUCGGCUGACAGCCGGCUGCUGGCCGCCGGUUUCGACAGCUCCACGGUGAAACUGUGGAGCCUCCGAGCCAGAAAACUGAAGGCCAAACCGCAUCAGGCUGACGUGUCGCUCAUCCGCCUGGCCUGUGACGUACUAGAGGAGGAAGUGGAUGAAGAGGACAGCUGCGGCAGUGAGAUAAAGACACUACGAGGUCACAGCGGCCCCGUGUUUCGAACCGCCUUCCUGACAGACAGCUCCGGCCUGCUCUCCUGCUCUGAGGACACAACCAUCCGCUACUGGGACCUGGGUAGCUUCACCAACACGGCGCUCUACCAGGGCCACGUCUACCCGGUGUGGGAUGUGGACGUCAGCCCCUGCAGCCUUUACUUCGCCAGCGGCUCCCAUGACCGGACUGCUCGCCUGUGGACGUUCUCCCGCACCUAUCCGCUGCGACUUUACGCCGGACACCUUUCUGAUGUUGACUGUGUGAAAUUCCACCCAAACUCCAACUACCUGGCCACCGGCUCCACAGACAAGACUGUCCGGCUGUGGAGCACCCAGCAGGGGGCGUCUGUUCGCCUCUUCACUGGCCACCGUGGCCCUGUGCUGUCACUCGCUUUCUCACCUAAUGGGAAGUACUUGGCGUCCGCCGGCGAGGAUCAAAGGGUGAAGCUGUGGGACUUAGCAUCAGGGACGUUAUUCAAAGACCUGCGGGGACACACGGACAGCGUCACCAGCCUGUCUUUCAGCCCGGACAGCAGCCUGGUGGCGUCGUCGUCUAUAGACAACUCAGUGCGGGUGUGGGACAUUCGGAACUCCCACGGCGGGACGCCAGCUGACGGCUCAUCUAGCGAACUGGUGGGAAUGUACACUGGAAACACCAGCAAUGUGCUGAACGUCCAGUUCAUGGCCUGCAACCUGCUGCUGGUGACGGGAACUGCACAGGAGAAAGCAGAACAGUAGCCACAGCUGUCUUUUUUGUUUUUCGUUGCUGAUGUUUCGGAGAAAAGCUUGAAUUUCUCCAGAUGUUUGUUUGAAGGUGUGGUCACCAGAUGUGUUCUCUGAGUCAUCCAAUGAUGAGAGGUUAAACGCCACCACCUGCACAGGGUGCUUUUUGUCCACAUUAGUUCUUUGCAUAGAAACGAAGCAAGGUCAGAUACCUUUAUUUGUAAUCCACAAGUCUCAUCCUUCCAAAACUGCCUUAGAUAUUCAUCUAUAGAUAAAUUAUAAUUUGUCUGGGUGGUAUUUUGUAAUUAUGAGAGUGUCCUCAAGAGAUGUCAGUGUUAAAUAUCUCUCAGUGUAAAGUCCUGGGUCCCUUGCUGUCAUGCACAAGUUUUAAGAUCUAUAAAAGCAGCAUAUUAAAUGUGACUGUUGGAAAAUAUUGUUCCAGUUGAAUUAAAAUAAUAAUAAAAAAUAGUUUUACUUAAAUAGUAGAUGAAACUGUUUAUAUUCUGAACUCAGAGAAUACUGAAACAAAAGUUACAUGGUUUUGUUGCACCAAUGAGUAUUACGGUAAAAACUGUCCAGGUGCACAGAACAUAUUCCACUAAUGUUCCUGUUUACAUGCAGCUGUGCACACUCGGAUUAACGUGCCCUAACAGCUGGAGGAGCGUCUCAUUUUGCUUCUCUGCAUCAAAAUGGGAUUUUUUUCAAAGUUUCCUACCAGUGGUGGACUUGUUUGACCACGCGAACACAGCCUCCCUCUUUCAUUCCUUUAACCAGCUUCUUGGAAAAGUUGCUGUUGUGAUAUUUGUGCAAAAGCCUGUUCAUAUCCCAGUCUUUCAUGAUGUUUCAAAGCAGGUGUGUUUCUCCUUCUGACCAGAAAUGUGGGCUUUUCUUUUGGGCAUGCAUCUCUACCGACAGCCUUCAAUCUGCUGGUAUUAAUCAGGAAAUGGCAAAUGUGGAAAAAGGCUUACUUCUAAAUAUCCAAACAGAAUAUGCUCUUUACAUGACCAGCAUCAAAUACAGAGUAUUUUUUAGAAUAAUAGUGGAAUACUAAUGUGCAUGUAAACAUAUUCAGUAUGAUUUUGAAUGACUGCUAGAACAGAACCAGGAAGUUCUAGUUUCACUUUAGCUCUCUAUUAAAGUGAAACUUUUGUGUUCUCCAACCUGGACUCCAUUUUCCAAUGUUUUUGUGGCCAAGUGACUAAUGGCAACAACUAUUUUCCAAACUGGUCCAGUACUGAAAUAUGGCGCACUGCAGCUAGCAGUUGAAAUGGAAACACCUGGGGAAUUUGGCACUGUCAGUGUACGUCCACCAGAAGCGCUUGUUUUUGCCACUAACGGGUUCAGAUUGUUCUAUAAGUGUUGACAACAUUAUGGAAAAGACCCCUCAAGAAAUGAAAGUUUUUCUGUACCUUUCGUUGGUCUGUUAUUGUGACAAAGUCUCGCUCAAGGAGAAGUCUCGAGAGAGGUGACUUGUCGGAGGAAAAACAAUGGUGGAAACAUUAGUGAGAUUCAGAGAGAGGAGUGCAGGGAAGAGUUUGUUGUGCUGGAGAACAGAAAGUGUUAUCUGAAAGAUUUUCAGUGUCAUGGCUGAAUAUUUAGCUGAUUCAACAAUGUGGAAAAGAUUUCAGAUAGGGAUGCACGAUGUUAGAUUUUUCACCGAUAUCCGAUAUGCCACUUUUUUCCCACUUAAUUUUACGGAUUAUCAAGUCUCUUCUUUAGUGGAAUUAACAUCAUAUAAUGUAUGCUACCUCUUAUCGUGAUGGCCCAUCAGUAGAUGAAAUACAUGAAACACAAUACUUUUAAAUGUAUGCUUUAUUCAUUCAUUGUGCAAAUUAAGAAAAAGCUUGUCAGCCGAUCUGAUGGUUCAUUUUAAAGCCGAUUUUAGUCGAUACCGAUGACAUACAGAUAUUAUAGUGCAUCCCUAAUUUCAGAACAAGACUUCUCCUUGAGCGAGACUUUGUUACAUACAAUAACAAACAGACCGGAUUAAGCGAACAAUAAAGAAAAAGGUUUAAUUUCUCUGCAGGGUCUUUUUCUAAAUUUACACUUAAAAUAACAAUCUGAGCUUGUCAGUGGUAAAAAUGUCAACGUUUCACAGCUGCUGUCUGCAGCACUCUGGACCAGUUUGUUGUCUCCGUUGGUCACUUAGACACAAAACAGAGAAAAUGGGGUCCAGGUUGAAAACUACCAAAGUUACACUUAAAGGUUAAGUAACCAGUCCUAGCUCUGGAUUUAUCUGACUCCGGGUAAGGCGGCAAAGAAGAAUAUUUCCAAAAAUGUGGGAUUAUUCUUUUAAAGUUGUGCUCAUGUUUUCCCUGCCUGAACCUCCAUGCAACUCCAAAUCAGCUCUCUGUUGUUAGAAACAUUUAAAUCUGGAGGAAGCAAACUUUCAGAAAUGAAGAAACGGAGUUCAGAGGCUGUAUUUUGAGAUUUCAAAGGGUCUCUGAGGUCGAAUAUGAACGCUAAUGAGUGAUAAUGUGAACUUUAAAGAACCAGAACAGUUGGUGGUUGUUUCUUCUCUCUUGGUUGUCUCUGACCCGCUGUAGGUUUUGAGUAGCCUUGUUGCACUUGAGCCUUGUUGAGGACAUUUCUAUGAAUAAAAGGCUGUAUUUUUCACACUAUUCUGCAGGUGGCAUGAACUGUGCAAUGUUAAAGUGUAAAUACUUUGUAUUUUUGUAAUAUUUCGGCUGCCAAGAGUCGCUUCCAGGUUGUGCUUGACGAGGGCUAAAAAGAAAAAUACUUAUAGAGACUGAUUUCAUAUGUCUGGAAUAAGUUUUAAUGCAUUCAAUGUUUUUUUAUAGUCGUUUUGAAUAUUUCUUUGAUAAAUUCAGCCUGGAAGUCGUCCUUUAUGUUUGUCGGUAAACUUGUGUUCCCUCCUGUAGCCCAAAAAUAAAUAACAGAAUUUAUUUGAGCUAAUGUUUCGGUCAGCUUCUUUUGUUUUGUUUUGUCACUUGUUUCGUGCAGGUGAGGGUCUGUUUUGUUAUGCCAAGCCUUGUUUUGUGAUUCAGCUUCAUAUGCAUAUUAAACACCCGAUACUGAUGUUGUUAAACCUGAUGCACCGGACUGCAUCUUCAAACAGGCCUGGGCAGACAGCAAGACUCUGCAUGUGGCUCAGCUGGUUAUAAAAAUAAAUUAAUCCUUUUGAGUUCGUUUGACAAACUAAAUUCCACAUGAUUAAAAUGAUCAGAGAGGACUGCCAACCUUUAAAUAAAUACUUAAUGUCAUCGCCUGCUGGAGAGAUGAUGUUUGAGCAGGAUGUGGAACAUGUGGACAGACGGGAGGGAACAGCUGAAAGAGAUCAUGUAUGACAAAACAAACAAACACUGCAAAGUUAUGCUCCACGCAAGAAUCAAACAAGCAAUCCUUUGCCUGUAAUUUUCCAUUAAAGGUUUCUGUUAUUGAUUCUACCUGUACUGAUAUAACUGGGGUGGACAAAAUGAUAGAAACACCUGUUAGUGUAACACAAUACAAUUCAACAUCCUAAAAAUGAUUGUACAGUUACACGUCUCUAAAACUGUCAACAAAAACUGAACAUUAUAAACGUUGUGAUAGUCGAAACUUUGCAGAGGUGGAAGAAGUAUUCAGAUCCUUACUGAAGUAUAAGUACCACACUGUGAAAAUACUCCACUACAAGUUAAAAGUCCCGCAUUAGCUUAGUUUAUUUUCGUAAUUUUCCAACGUAUACAACUCACUAUAUGUAUAUCAUAUCCAUCCAUUUUCAUACGCUUAUCCAGGGCGAGGUCAGCAGGCCAAGCAAAGCACCCUAGACGUCCCUCUCCACAGCAACACUUUCCAGCUCCUCCUGGGGGAGAUGGACUGGCCAGACCAGAUAUGUAAUCCCUCCGGCAUGUCCUGGGUCUACCCCUCCUCUGAGAAUCAACAUUUUAACGUAGUGGAAGGUUUUCCGUGUCUCUGUGAGCCUGGAAGCUGUGUUGUCCGGGGUUAAUGGCCCCUGGUAGGGUCUCUCAAGGAAUAGUGGUCCCAGAGGAGGGGCCAGACUAAGAGCGAUUCAAGAGGACCCUGAUGUCAUGGCAUAUUUGGACUUUGAGCACCUCAGGCUGUCCUGGAGCCAGACCUGUGUGGGGAGCUUGCUAGUGAGUGUCUGGUGGGCGAGCUCAGCCCAAAUAAGUAACAUGGGAGUCUCCGCCCUGUGGGCCCACCACCCGCAGGGACAGGGAUCAGGGUCAGGUGCAUUGUGUGCCGGGCGGCAGGCAGGGGCGGGGCCCUGGGCGUUCUGAUCCCUGGCCUUGCAGACUGUAUAUUAUGUAUAGACCCCAAAGUCCAAAACAAAUUUUCAUAUGCACACACUGGCGUGAAUAACUCUACAUUUUAAAUAUAUGAAGUGUUUUACACAUUUUUAAUUCAUUUUCAAAACUAUUCUACAAAUUAUAUCCUUUAACUGUUCGACAUCUUUGUUUUCGUAAAUGCACAAUUUCCUCUUAGUUCAUACUGACUCUCUUUAAUUUGGUACAACUUCUGGACACAGUCUGGAAGCAUCUUAUUUUUUACUCCAAAUAUUAAUUGUGCAGUCCCACAAGUUUCUAAAUUUGAGAGCACGUGAGUUCAUAAAUCAUUUGUUGGUUCUUGAUGACAGCUCUGCUAAUGACUCUUACAGCUCUCUUCUGUCACAUAAAAACUGGAUUUGUGAGUGUUUUGUAUGUUUUUUUCUCCAAACCUCCACACAGUAGAUAAAGUAUAAAAGUAUAAAUGAAUGACGUAAUAUAUGAAAUGAAUUUAGGGUGAAGAUGUCUUUUGUUUUGUGCAAUAAAACAACAGACUUCAACAUCGUCGUCCUUACAUUAUUAUUUGUGGUUUCCAGCAUAGUGUAUGGUCUCCCAAAACUUUAUUUUCAUAUAUACUUCAUAUUUAAACAUUUUCUAUCAUAGUUUGAACUGGAUUAUUGAUAUUUUUGAUAUCCAAAUGUAAUGAAUUUGGUUUAAUUAAAUCUAACGGCAACUUAUUAAAAUCAAACCAACGUCCACUGUCACCAGAAGCUCCAAAUCUUUACCAGAACAAUUUCAUUCAGAACCUCACUUGAGUAAAAGUAUCAUCAAAAUGUGCUGUGCUGUAAAAUGUCCCUCGUCAGUGUUUUCCCAUUGUGUCUGAUGUUUUUGAAUUAAUAUUACUGUUGCAUUAAUGUGUAUGUUGCAUUUUACCUCUGUAGAUGUUUAAGGUUGUGCUCAUUUAAACUCCUUUAUAUCCUGCUGGUCAG